AUGCGCAACAUCGACACCAGCACCAGCACCAGCGACAGCAUCAGCGACAGCACAACCCUCUCCACCACGCUCGUAACGCGCUGCCGCACACUCCUAUCCGACCUCGACGCCCUACAAUCCCUCCUUGUGCAAACGCAACGCAACCCCCAAAUCGUGGAAGUGCGCUCGCUGCGCUCCAGCGUGCUUUCCGAGCUGCGCACGUUGGAGAAACUCGACGCGCAGAUUCGCGAGGUAACAGCAGCGAACGCACAAGCCGUAGCAGCAGCAGCAGCCGCCAGUCUUCAACAAAUCGAAGAUGGAGUGGAUGGUGGCGGCGCCGGCGACGACGACGAGGUGAGGUCGCGGGUGGUGCAUGCGUUGCGGUCGUCGAAUUUGCCGUUCUAUGAGGCGGUUUGGGCGAUUGCGAGGGGUUCGUGUUCGGGGUUGGUGGCGUUUGGGAAGCGGUUUUAUUGGGGGGUGGAGGAGGAGGGGUUUCAGGGGGGCAAGAGGGCGAGCAAGGAUAAGAAGAAGAGUGUGUUUGUAGAUAUCGUGGCGGAUGAUGGGGAGGAGUGGGUGAAGGUGUCGACUAUCUCGGAGACGAGGUUGUUGUUCGAGAUGGCGAAGAAGGGGUGGGAGGCGGACGAGUCGGACGAAGAUGGGGAGGAGCCUAGGACGGUGCUACGGAAUUAUGAUGAUGGGAUGGACACAGACGACGACGAUGAUGAUCAGAUUGAGCUGGUGAAGCUCGCUAGUGAUAUGCGGAAAGCGGCUAACGUUACGAGGGUGAGGUAUAGAACGCCGCGGCUGCGGUUUGUCAUUCCCAAGAUAGAGGAAGGCUCGAGUCCGGAGAUAGAUGAGCUUUUGAAGGUCCUACGCGGGUAUGGGAUUGAAGUGACUUGUGGGGAGAAUGUAUAUUCUUCGCAGAACGAGACCACAAAAGCCGAGGCGCUGCUAAGGCUGCUUCCUAAGCCAUUCAAGCGGUUCACGCCUACUCUAAAUGUGGACUGUACAUUAUUGCUGGCAGCAGUCUCGGACCUUUCGCAUUACAAGAAUAUUUCCACCUCUCCCAUUCAUCACAGGGCCAUCAAUCGGCAAAUUGAGAUCGAGCAUACCCGCCCACUGCUCCCCACAGAGUUGUGGCCCGCAAUGGUAGGCCGUGAUCUGGUGUGCACCGAGGAGGCCGCUCAGAGGAUGCAGGAAAUCGUCAACAUCAUCGGCACGGAGACUGAAAAGGAGCGAAUGAGGAUCUUGUUGGGUAUAGGGUCGUUUGGUGACCUUUGUCGAGAGGACCUCACUGAGGCCUACCAGAAACUAUCUGAUUAUGAAAUUCCUGCUGACUGGAGACUACCUCUCAGAGCAGUCAAUGCGACGUCGACAAUAGCUUCUGCGAAGGAUCUUGCCAAACUUCCGCCUGUCUAUGAAAAGGUUGAGAAAGUGCUGUCGGAUAUCAACCAUAGCGUCUUCCUGUAUGGUUGGGCUGCUGGUGUGGUGACUAUAUCAAGCAACCGCACGGUGGUAAAACAGAUCGAAUCCAUUAUCGAGAAGAACAGAGGGGCAGACGAUGGUCUAGAGGGGCCUGCAAUCUGGGUGUGCGAUACAGCGAGGAGUCUGAUAGGGAAAGAGAAGGGUCGCAAAGACUAGAAAUUAUCAUCGGCAUGCAUUAGAUAAUAGAUCAGUCCGCACAAAGAGC